UUGUCAAUGAUAGGAUAUGGUGGUUUCGGAACUGUAUAUAAAGUUCAAAAUAAAUAUGACAAUAAGAUAUAUGCUAUUAAAAUACAAGCUACUAUAAAUUCAUACAGAGCUGGUGCUAAAUACCAUCCUAUUGCAAUUGAAGAGGCAAAGAAUUUAUUAUUAGUUCAAUCGGAAUAUGUUGUCCAAUAUUACGACUCAUGGCUUGAAGGGAACUGUACAUACAUUCAAAUGGAGUUAUGUUCACAAAGUCUUCGAAAUAUUAUGGAAAUCAAACCACAAGUAUUUAAUCGACAAAUAGGACAUCCCAUGGAUUGCGUCGAGUAUUUCAUUUCGUGUGAAAUAUUCCGUCAGAUCUUAGAAAGUGUUCAGUAUUUGCAUGAAUUCAAUCCACAAAUCAUUCACAGAGGCAUUAAACCCGACAAUAUAUUGAUCACCGAAAAUGUAACAAACGGUAGAUUUAUAAAGUUAUGUGACUUUGGUUUGGCAACAUAUCACGACAAACGCGUUCACUUCAGGACUGAACGGAAACAUGAUCAAGAUGUGGGAGACAUGAAAUAUAUCGCACCAGAAGUAGUAAAGGGAGAGAAAUACAGCAUUAAGGCAGAUGUUUAUUGUUUGUCAUUAAUUGGCGGCGAAUUGUUUGAAGUGGAUUUGGACGAGAUUAAUCUUGAUGAGUAUGAUCCAAUUAAUGAUUAA